UUUUUGUCCAGAUCCUAGGUUAUAGGUACCUACCGAUAGUGUUAAAAACAAUUAACAAACGCUCUUCAAACGUCGCAACAAUUUCAACCAUAGAAAAUAAAACUGAAAAGAUGGAAGUGGAUUUGUACGCUACCGAUUGGGCUGAAAGUGGCCGGUUGCCUCUUAUUGAGGAAACAUCGACACUGGGAACAUUGGCACCGAAAGACAAAUUGAUAUCAGUACUAGACCAAGUGGAGCUGAGGGUUGAACGGUUGAGAAGGGACACUACUAGAAUUGAAGAGGAAAAAGAUUCCUUACUGUCUACUCUGGAUAGUAUUAAACAUUCGGAACUCCUCUCAGAUAUCACUGAAUGUGAUAAAGAUGACAUUGCCCGGUAUGCAGACCGUAUUGUAGCUCGUGCAAUGACAAUCGAGGUAGCUGUGAGAACUGACCGAGAUCCGCAACAAGAAGAAGCAUUGCAUCAGGUAAACAUGUAUAUCGAUAAAUUAGUUAUGUCCGUUCACGACGACACAGUCUUGGCCCACACCCGCUGUCAGGCGUACAUGAACGCUUGCACCUCCCAGCCCGACCCUAGCUCCGGAACGGACAAGAACUUCGAGACCGCCAUCCUCGGCUGCACCCUCGACGACCAGAAGAGAGUAAAGAAACGUCUCGAGGGCCUUCUCGAUUACUUUGCGAAACUCAACAUCACCACAUUCUCGUGAGUGAGCUCUAAGUAGACUGAGCGUUAACUGCGGAAGGCGCUUCUAUCUCGUAUCGGCCAUGACUUAACUAGACGUAGAGGUAUGAAAACCGUUUCUUAAUGGUCGGUAUUCUGAAUUAGAACGCUUAAUGAAUGUGUCUACGAUGCUUAAUAAUUUUAGUCUCUCGAUGUGAAUUAACAUUUAUUGCUAUUUAAAUUUGUGAAAAGCAGAAUUAUGCAUUUAGUUUUAUUAAUAUAAUUAUCAUAUUUCGUUAUAGCAAUAUCGCAAUUCGAAGCAUAAAAUCCUACCGGUAGACACAUUCAUAUUAAAUUUUUCCUAACGACUAAAAACUAAGUGGCUAAAUUACCGUUUUAUGCAUAUUAUUCAAGACCAAUUUGUUAUUCCUUUGUGUAUGUUUGUUAGAAGUAGGCAUAGCCAAGGGUUAAAAUGUACCAAUUUAUAGCAAUUUUAUUCUAAGUUCCGAUUUGUGUCUAAUAAUAGUUGUUAUUUGGGAAUAAAGGCAUUUGUCAUUUUUGGAACAGAAACGGUAAUUGAUUCGCAUAUUGUAAGUUAAUGAUUCGUCUAGAACCUUUUAAAUUUAAUAUAUAUAUCUUAUACAUCACUAUUAUAUAUUAUGUCCUCAAUAUCUAUUCUGUAGCAUAGAGAAACAUUAAACUUUGUUGGAGGUAAAUGUCUGAAUGAUCGAUUGAGAUACAUAUUGAGACAUUAAUAGUUGUUUUAGCCUCUACAGUAUUUAAGAUAUUUUGUUUUGUGGCUGAAAAUAAAUUACUUUCUGCCUUAUACGAUUCUCAUGAAAUGGGGAUUUUUCUUGUAAUGAAAUUAGUUCGUUCUCGAACUGACGAUAUAAAAGGAAUGAUGGAGUAAGACUGCCUGUAGUGGUUGUAUAGAAUACAAUGUGGUAGAUAGGAAUUCAUUAUUUUAAUCUAUAUUAGAAUUGUGUAAAAUCGCCUGCAGAGCUUCACCAUCGAAAGUUAACGAAGAAGGGUUGACUGAUGUGUUUGAAUGUUUAUCGUUUUAAGGUCCAUUAAAAUAUUCUAUUAAAUGUGUAGUUUGAAGCGAGAUACUCACCUUGGAUAUCUGGAAUUAUAUUUAGGUCAACUUAUUAAAAUAUAUACAAAGUGUAUAUUCCUAAUUUACUAAAAACGAGUCUAUUUCGUGUCGAUUUUUCAAGCAUUUGUGAAAUUGUACGUAGAUUUCGAUUUAAAGUUUUUGUUAUAUUUUGUACUUUUAAAGUAUGUUCGUAAUAAUUCGUAUAUGGCACGUGCAUACAAUAAACUAUGAAAUCCUAAA